AUGAGCGCAUUCACAGCAGACCUCCAAGACCCCCUCCCGCCGACGACAACAAAGCGCAAAGCCUCACCCGAUCUUCCGGAAGAUGACGCCGCGACGACUGCGAAGCGUACAAAAGUAGAUGACGAUACUGUGCAACCCAACAGAGACGCCGAUGAUGCUGCGCAGAAUGGCGCUGAACGACGCCCCUCUAUGGCCGACACCAGGCCCUCUGCCGCUGCGACCGCAGGCCGCAGACCCGGCCGGAACACGAACAUCUCCCUCGAAGAAAAGAAGCGGGGCCAGAGGCUCUUUGGUGGGCUGGUUAGCGCGCUAAGCAGCAACAGUGUCAGUGGACCUGGGCGGGCUGGCGCAGCGGGCAGAUCAGUUCCAGGGGUUGCAGGAGGGUCUGCGUCGACGAGAGGGAAGCUGUCCGAGCAACAACAAGAGAGGAGGAGGGAGAUGGAAAGACGGGCGCAGCAACGGAGGGCAGAAGAUGAGAAGAAACGGGCUGAGAAGAGGGAACGGUUAAGGAAGGUUAGGUUAGUGGAGCAGGUUCGGUUAGAUGAGGAGGCGAUGAAGACACGACACGCGGCGAUGCUGGCAAGGGCGCAUAGCUUGUUUACGAAGACCGAGCCGAGGAUUUACUACCUCCCCUGGCAGCUCACCAAAGAACAAGAAGAGACCAUCCACGAGCAAGUCCGCGAAGCGCAAGAGACGAUUGACCGCGAGACGCGAGACUGGGAAAGGCGCAAGGAGCAGAGGCUCAAGGAGCUUGGCGUCGAGGUUCCUCCGACCCCUGAACAAUCUCAACAAGACGAGCCAGCAACGAAUCGUGAAGAGGGCAAGACUGAGUCAAACAAAAAAGAACAAGCCCAAACGGUUGGUGAGCCCACUGAAGCAGGCAAUGAUACUAACCCUUCGAAUGGUGAAUCACAACAACAACAACUACUACUACCAUCUACGAAUGCCCAGCCUGGUAAGACCGUCCCAGCGCAGGCAUCAUCAAGUUCUACUGGUACCUCCGUUGCCGAUAGCACGAGCCAGCAACCUGACCAUGAAGAUGCCGAGAACGGAGACGAGAUGAUGAUGCAGGAUGCGGAGGACACGGUGAUCUAUUAA